AUGUCGUUAGAGGACAAGUGUGGGACUGCGUUUAGGAAUAAAGAUCAUGAAGAAGCUGUUCGCUUACUACCAUUAGUGAAGGAAGUUAAGGAACCGAAUGAAAUUAAAAUAGCAGGGGAUGGAGGUAAUCAAGUAGACGUGAUGAGAUAUCUCAUCGAUGAGUGUCACUGUGAUCCAAUGGCUGUUAGUGGGACUGGGGGGACACCUCUUCACGUAGCUACUAGUUGUGGCAGUUCUGCAGCUGUUGGAUAUUUACUAUCAACUGGUAAAUGUGAUCCAUUGGCUAAAGAUAAUGAGGGGAGAACACCAUUUAAACUAGCUAAGGAGAGAGGUCACACUGAUACUCUUUCUGUCUUGAAGAAGUUUG